AUGUCGGUGCUUAAGUGCAUUAACAAUGAAACGAAGAGGUUUCACACCUUUGAGUCCAAUCGUUUGACAAUUAUACAUGAUGGUUCCAAUGCUGGAGAAUGGCGGUAUGUGAAUAGGGAUGACAACCCAGCUGAUGAUGGCUCAAAGGGACUCAAGAUGGACACUCUAAUCAGGAACGAUCGGUGGCUGAAGGGACCGAGCUUCCUAUUGGAGGACGAUGCAGACUGGCCUAAGGUGAUCACAAUCCCUAAGAUUACGGACGAUGACCCAGAAGUCAGAAAGGAAGCGCAAGUGUAUGUGACAUGUGAGGAGAAACGGAGAAAUGUUAUUAAUGACAUCAUCAUGUACCACUCUUCGUGGCAGAAGUUGAAGUUAUCGAUCGCCUGGUUAUUGCGAUACAAGCAAUUCUUAAGGAGUAAGGUGUUGCAACGCAAGGAAGCCCAAGGUGAGCAUGAGAAGAGGGACGUCGGAGGAUUAAUGACGGUUGAGGAGUUGCAAGAGGCAGAGUGCAUAAUUCUGCGGCAUGUUCAACGAGAAGAAUUCCCUGACGAGAGAUUGCAUGAGAAAUCUGACAAGUCAAUCAGUAAGUUAUGUCCGCAGAAAGAAAACGGACUGAUACGUGUCGGAGGACGGAUCGGGAAGGCACAGGUUGACUACGAGUUGCGACAUCCUAUAAUACUACCCUACAAGAAUCAUGUUACAGACCUGAUUAUUAUGGAUCGUCAUCAGAGUGUUGGACAUAUGGGUCAAGAGUCAGUUUUGUCGUCUCUGAGAAACGAGUAUUGGGUAAUAAAGGGACGAUCUGCAGUUCGUCGAGUGAUUGGCAAGUGUCUUAAGUGUCAGAGAAGAAGAGCAAAGCCAAUGGAGCAAUUCAUGGCAGACCUUCCGGCUAUGCGAGUUGCAGCUGAGGAGCCACCCUUCACUUACGUAGGGGUCGAUUACUUUGGCCCAAUGGAGGUCAAGGUCGGAAGGUCAAAGGUUAAGAGGUAUGGAUGUUUGUUUUCGUGCCUCAGCAUGAGAGCUGUGCAUGUUGAGAUAACGCAUUCAAUGGACACGGACUCCAUGAUUAACGCCCUGCGACGGUUUAUCAGUCUUAGAGGAUAUCCUAAAGAGAUCCAUAGUGAUAAUGGUACAAAUUUUACGAAGGCAGAUAAGGAGCUAAAGCAAGCCCUCGAAGAAUGGGAUCUCGAGAGGAUCAACAGGUUUUGUAUCCAAAGGCGGAUUAAGUGGAGCUUUAUCCCACCUGCGGCAAGCCACAUGGGUGGUGCAUGGGAAAGGAUGGUACAGACUACCAAGCGUGUGUUGAAGUCGCUGUUGAAUGAACAAAUAGUUUCCGAUGAGGUGCUUCUCACGGUAAUGGCGGAGACCGUGAACAUCAUCAAUAGCAGACCACUGACACGUAACAGUGAUGAUAUCGAGGAUGAGAUGCCCCUAACUCCCAACCAUUUGCUUCACUUGAGACCAACGCCUAGUGUGCCACCAGGCGUAUUUGGAAAGGAAGAUAUGUAUUGUAGGCGAGCCUGGAGACAAGCCCAAUAUCUGAGCAACAGAUUUUGGCGUCGGUGGACAAGUGAAUAUCUCCCAACGCUGAUGGAGAGAACGAAGUGGACUACUGUCAGAGAAAACCUCAAGGAAGCUGAUGUAGUUCUUUUGGCUGAUGAGAACUUUCGGAGAGGCGAAUGGCCACUUGCACGUGUGAUGGAAGUCCUACCAAGUAGUGAUGGCCGUGUGCGCAGCGCCAUGGUGAAGACGGUAUCUACUGUCGCGACGCGAGCGAAAAGACGGAGGCGAGGAGAUGUUCAAGUGAGCAGCACUAUACUUACGCGACCGGUGACGCGUCUCUGUAAAUUGGAGAUGGAUAACUAG